CACCCAAUACUUCAAGUAAGAGAGGCAGGCAGGUGCCCUCCUCUUCCCACUUUUACACUCCUCCCAUAUCCGUCUCUCCCUGACCAGGUGAUUGACAUUCUCUCUGAAUUGGACUCCUGUGCCACUGAAUCCCAGGACUCAGCCAGAAAAGAGGAACAUUGACAUCAUGAAGCUAUUAAGGCGACGGCUGGUACUGGGAGCUGUGCUGGGCACAGUUUUCUUGGGACUGCUGGUGUUGCUGGUGGGUCAGCUGCUAGAAUCCUGGACAUCUUCAAUGAAUCUGCGGCCUCCAUCCCCAAGGACCUCUUUGAGGAAAUUUGAGUGGCUGGCUCGGACACCACACCCCUUGGACAUGAAUUAUCCUUAUCCCUAUCCCUUUCUGAUCAACCAUCCUGACAGGUGUAAAGGUCCCAAAGGUACCCCUUUUCUGCUCAUGCUUGUGAUGACCCAGCCUCAAGAGGUGGGGGUGCGCCAAAUCAUCCGACAAACAUGGGGCAAUGAGACCUUGGUACCUAACGUGGUCAUCUGCCGCCUCUUUGUUAUUGGUCUGCCCCAACCACUCUUUUUUCAAGAAGUUCAAGCCCUCUUGGAGGAGGAGGACAAGGAACACGGGGAUCUCCUCCAGGUGGGCUUCCUGGAUACAUACCACAACUUGACUCUCAAGGUCCUCAUGGGUCUCGAGUGGAUAGCCCAGUAUUGUCCCACUGCCCGCUAUGUGCUCAAGGUGGAUAAUGAUGUUUUCUUAAACCCCAGCUUCCUGAUACAUCAAGUACUGCAUCCUGAGAAACCCACACCGCCAAACUUUAUCACAGGUUACAUCUACCUUGACUCAGAACCCCAGCGGAGCUCGGAUGACAAGUGGUACAUGCCUCCUGAGUUGUACCCUCAAGAAAAAUACCCUGUGUACUGUGCUGGCCCAGGCUAUGUGCUGUCUGUCUCCCUGGCCAUUAGGAUCCUGGAUAUGGCCCAGAAAGUCAGGGCCAUCUACUUGGAAGAUGUGUAUAUUGGAUUAUGCAUCAGAGAGUUAGGGAUAAAACCCACACCUUCCCCCCCUUAUGCCUUCUCAAUCACACGGCAAGAGUAUGAACAUUGUGCCUUCCAUCAUCUUGUCCUGGUUCACCAUUUCAAGCCCCAGGAACUGCUGCAGUUAUGGCCAGACUUCCAGAAAGUCAAUGCUACUUGUCUAAGGGAUUGAUAGAUACUCUCUUUCCCUUCCCUCUGGUCAGACAAAGACAAUAGUCAAUGGCCCCGACUCUACACAUUUUCCAGGAUUUGCCUUUGGGACAUGUAAGACCUGGAUCCCCUGGAAGUACUAAUUCAGAACUUCCCCCAAUAUUAUUCACUUGGCAUACUCUUCAGCAUUUCCAAAGCUACUUGAAUCCUUGGUGGGGAAACUCAGAGUGGUACUUUGGGAUGCUACAACUCUCACAAAGUGAGUGUCCCUACUCAAGGCGAUGCAAGGUAUUCUGUGUGUCUGUAUCUAUAGCUACUACGAGGACCAUAGUUUAUAAGCCCUUCCAAGUACUUCAACUGGUCAAUCAAAGGACACAAUUCAAUCAAAGGUAUUUAAUGAAAUGCAAUAAUAAGAAAACUAGCAAUAAAAAAUUCCCCCCAAAACCUGAGACUCACAAGAAACAAAUGUAGAAAGGCAGACACAAAGGGAAUAUUUGUGGCCAGGGCACACUGUAUAGAAGAGCAAUUAAUCUCUCUAAUAUGACAGGACCAAUGAUGUCAAAUUAUUUCUAUUGGGAUACAUCUCCAUGCUGUGCAUCUAGAGCCUCAGCUGUGUUUUGCUUCUGGCUGAUCUCAAAUGGCUACUUUUCAGGUAGUUCUCCUAGUCUCAAGGUCUCAGGUAGGCUGCUGUUAGGGAGGUGUACUUUCUCAUGAGAUUGGGAACUUCUGACUUGAUCUAAAAUUCUCAGUUCGGGCAUGUCAACCUUUUCCCAGAGUUCAGUUGAAGAAAGAGUUGGGGUGCCAAUGGGCUUUUAUUUUCCCUAGGCAGGCAGACAGACAUGCAGCAUUGAGAGUGAUAGUUAUAACUGAGCUUGAGGUGGGCAUAGGCAGCAGGGGUUAUAAAGAUAAAAACCAUAAGACAGGAGGGGUAAUCAAAUAGUGGUUUUAUCAGGACGAUUGUUCUCCUGAACUGGGCCAUUUCUCCAGGAAUCAUAUUGUGGCCUUAUCAGGUUAUCACUGACCUGGGUUGUUCCUUGUGACAUACCCAGCUUAAGGUAGAUUCAAUUUGCCUACAGUUUGACUGAUUGUGAUUCCCAGGUAAGUCUGGCUGCUUCUGCUAACAGAAAAGCUCCAGCAAAUAGAGGUGAAUGAGUAAAGCCAUUAACCAUUCCAUUUUUACAUGCUUUCCUAGUUUAUAGGCCAUUGAGUGGGCUGUGUUAUCUAAAGCAUCUCUCUUAGCAGAAGACUGGAGCCCUUAACACACCCAGUUAUUACACUAGAGAAACAAGUUCUUCACAGUUUUCUCUCUCUCUUCAGGAAAAUCUAGCAGUUCCUCUGAGACUUUACUAGAAUGGUCAUUUCCUCUCCAGAAGGAGAGUCCUUGCCCCAGGCAGUAAACUCUUUGAAAUACAGAGAAAUACCAGAUAAUUAGUGCCCUCAGGCUGAAAUCUGCUGCUGUUGUUUUUUUUGAACUAUAUAUCCUGGUCACUUAGGUCUGCAACUCUAUAAGAAACUUAGGGUCAAAGCUUAGGGCCAAAAAAGUGUGGCUGCCUGUUGAAUUUCUAAUUACUAAAUUGUAUUAUCUAUUUUAAAGGCUACCCUCCCAACAAGCUGCUGGGAGCUCUAAGGGUAUUGGGUGCCCUGGUCCUCAAUUCAAAAGCCCCUUUGUUGAAGUCUAUAAUUUGCCUAAUUGUAUAAGGUCUUUAAUAUAGGUGUGCUCUGUAUAAGAUAACUCUCCUGGAUCAGCUUGCUUCUCACGGGGCCAUUGAGAUACUGGGUUGUGACCAGAGACAUGAUCUUUUGAGCAAGUCACUCGCAUGUCUUCUCUAAGUCUCAGUUUCCCCAUGUGUUAAGUAGUAAAAUUGAACUGUGAAGGGGAACGAGAAAGAACAAAAUUCAGCUCAGAUGUCCAGGGAUUGUCUCCCUCCUGGCUAGUGUAUUCCUGGCCUCUUAUAUAUAUAUUCAAAAGCAAAACUUCAGUAGAAUUUAAUUUCACGUUAGGUCAGUUUGAGGUAUAAUUCUAGGUGUGAGGAGUCAAUGUGGUACGCUGAAAAAACUCUGGAUUUGGAUUGAGAAAACAUGAAUUGAAAUCCCAAACUCUGGUCUUUACUACUAGUGUGACUGAUGAGGUUCAACAAAUCAUUAUGAGAUGCAAAUCUCAAGGGUGGGGAGUCAUUCAGAAUGAAUCCACAGGCUCAACCCAUCUCCAGUGCAAGGGGAAAAGCUUUAUUGUGACUUUCUAACAAGCAGGCAAAGUUUCUGAUGAGCCUGCAAUGCAUAACAAAGGGAAAGGUGAGACUUUUUGUAGUGAAGGACCCAGAGGAAGGUAUGCUAACUGCCAAUUGUGUGCAUCAGUAAAUCAAUUCAGUAGUUGUGACUGUCCUGUUUAUAUAUUAUAGCCUUGGGAGUUGAUGUCUUUUUAUAAUUAAGGUUAUAUAAUUACCUAAUUAUAUAAAUAAGGUUAUAUAAUUACCUAAUUAUAUAAGGGGCAUCAAUAUAGGAUUGCUCUGCAUAAGAUAACUCUACUGGGUUAGCUUGUUCUUCACUGGGGCCCAUUGAAGAUAGAUAGUGAUGAAGAAGGGAUCCUGAAACUCUAAAACUCCUUGAAGGAGAAAAUUUUCAACUCUGCCUCAGUGAGGGACCUGGCCUGAGGGAAACAAGACAGUUUCAUUCUAUUAUCUAAGUGGGGGAUUGGUUCAGUCUUGAGCAAAAGAAUUCCAGCCCUAUUCAAUUAAAGAAACUCAUUCAAUUCUAUUCAAAUUCCUGCUCAAGUUGAAACCCAGCUUUAGAUGAGCCAACUUGGGCUGUCCUAGUCCCUACUAAGACCCAAUACAACAGCUUCCUUCAAUGAAGGUCUUUUGCAGAUGGACUUUGGUAGCUCCCUUUGCUGCCAGGACCUUCUGUCCACUGAAAAAACCUCAUUUUCCAUAGGUCUGCUACUAUAGAAGUCAGUCUCUUGGUAAACUGAUUUCUAUCUAACAAUAAACUUUCAUUUGGCAACUAA